AUGUACGCAAAACUGAAGUCCCUUCAAGGCAAUUCGACUAUUUCAGUUCGAUCAGCCUCUCAAUUCCUCAUAGACCUCAAAGGUCAGAGGAUUCGAUCGGACGAAAUCAUGGUCUCCUUCGAUGUGACGUCGUUAUUCAGAUCCAUCCAACCAAACUUGGCCCGCGAAGUUUUGCGCAAGAGACUUGAAGAGGCCUAUGAUGAGACUCAGAAUGCACUCAAAAUUGAAAACCUCAUGAGGAUAUUGAAUUCUGCCAAAAAACUUUCUUCACUUUUGCGGGAGACCUACGAACAAGUCAAGGGAACCCCAAUGGGCUCACCGGUCUCCGGUUCAGUGGCAGAACUGGUCCUACAGGAGUUAGAAAAGAUUGCCUUCAUGCAACAUGAAUCGGGGUUUUGGCGCCGUUACGAAAACGACACGUUCGUCAUCGUAAAGGACAUGCUGCAACACUCCUACAGCCUGCCCAACGCAGCCUUCCCUGGUAUAAAACUCACGAGGGAAGAAGAACAGGAACAGCAGUUACCCCUCCUGGAUGUGCUUGUCAGACGAAACCUUAACGGUUAA